GGGGGGAGGAAACCCGAUGAGGGCAGGGGUGGUGGUUGCAAUUCUGCGGCUAGAGCUCAGUCUCUCCAUCAGCGCUGGACACUUUGGCAAUCCGCAAUCAUGGUUUCAAUUCACAAAAUUUAGGAAAGCCAGUACUUCAUUCCAGAAAGGAAUUUCAUUCCUGACUUUUCUCCCUUAGGGCAGCCAAUUUCAACUUUCGCACCCAAUCAGAUGAUUGGCAUUCAGGGUCCAAUCCUAAAUUUAGAGCAACCUCGGCGUUGGCCCAGGCUCUUCCGCCAAGCAGAAACCUUAUAAGGCAGCUUUAACUAAAGAUGACCUCCUUGUUUGCUCAAGAAAUUCACCUGUCUAAAAGACAUGAAGAAAUAGUAUCACAAAGAUUAAAUUUACUUCAACAAAUGAAGAGUAAAUUUGGAGAUCUAAACAAGGAAAAGGCAUCUCAGAUUCAAGCAUCUGAGACUGCAUUUAAAAGGAACCUUAACCUUUUAAAGGAUAUAGAAGCAGCAGAAAAGCUUAUAGAGGCCCAGAUUCACCCAUUUCUACCGCCUGAGGUAACUUCUCUUGAGACUCUCUACUGGGCAUCCGUGGAAGAAUACAUUCCCAAAUGGGAACAGUUUCUUUUAGGAAGAGCACCAUAUCCUAUUGGUGUUGAAAAUCAAAAUGAAGCAGAAAAUACCAUUCGAAACAAGGCACAGUGAUAACUUCUUCACAUAUUAUUUUUAAAAAAACACCUGUUUAGUACAGCUGAAUAUUAAAGAAUAUGCAGGUCAUUGCAGGAAUUUUAGGAGUCAAAUAUAUUCAUAUUGUCCCAUUAAUUCCUCAAUGACAACAACAUGAAAAUCUACUGGCAAGUCUUGGGUUAUCCCUUAGAGACCUACUGCUAUUUCAAGGCCAUGAACUCACUUUCUAUCAAACUCAUGCAAGUAUUAAAAACUAAUAAGGAAAGGUGGACUGUUUAUUCAAUAAAUUGCUAA